CCUCAGUAGCUUGCAGCCAGCCGCCAAGCAAAAACCCCUAAUUUGCAUGCUUUAUGCAGAUAUACAGCAGAAAUGUGAUUAAAAAAGGAAUACGAAUUAACAGCAAAUGUCUUUUAGCCGUAGUUUUUGCUCAACAGUGUCAAAAGCGCGUCAGCAAUUCGUCGCAGAAAAUAAGCGUGGUGUGCACUAGACCACGUGGCAUUGGCAGCCAAAGGAACUAUAGGAAAACGAAAUCGCAGAUAAUACCGCCAUAAAAUGGGAUGGGACUGGGCAGUUGCAGGCAUAUCCGAUGACAUUCCGAGGACUACAGGGCCAGAAUGUAUCAAUUACAUGACAGACAGACGGCGUUGGGUGGAGACGAUACUGUUGUCCACCCUUUUCAUCUUUAUAAUGCACCGCUCUUGGCAACGUCUGCCGCCAAUUAAACUGCCACCACUUUCCGAGAUUCAGAAGCCACACAGUCCGACGAGGCUUUUCUUCCUCAUCGCUUUGUCCAUGAUUUUCGGCAUUGAGAUGGGCUUUAAACUCUCCGGGCAGUCAAUGAUUUUCGCCCUAAACCCAUGCCACGUGCAAUCGUGUCUGCAGAUCUUUCUCCUGGCUGCCAAGCCCACGAAGACGACGACAGCGCUCUUUCGGAUUCAGAUGAGCAACCUCAACGGCCCUUUUCUGGCCUUUCUUUUUCCCGAGGUUGAGGGUCGCACAUAUCCCUUCGAGCAGGCCACGUAUUGGAUCCAGCACGCACUCCUCUAUAUUAUCCCAAUUUAUAUUAUUCGGAGCGGAGCGUACACUGUGGAGGACCUCAGGGAAUUUCAUUGGUCUCACAUUGGUACAGCCUUCAUGCUAUUUUACCACUUCGUCCUUCUCUCCCCGCUCUCUAUUUUCACUGGCAUCAACCUGGACCACAUGCUCUGUGCAGCGAUGUCGGAUCCGUUCCAGGGCCCCAACUACCGUCUGUUCGCCUGUUGCCACCAGACUUUGUUGUGCCCGCUGCUGAGCAAGGGCACUGUGCUGCUGUUUGGCCGCCGGUGCAGCCUGAAGGGAUUGGGUGACUUACAGGAGGCGAGGAGCGGGGUGGGUCAGUACACGCUGACUCCGACCGAAUACGCAUCGCAUGGGGACGUGACCAUGCGGCAUCGCUUUAGCAACCAGGAGUCGGCAGACGAAGGUAAUCCGCAUAACGCGGGCGACUUGGCGUCUCUAGCGGAGUACACUAUGCCGACGACCAAGAUCGACUAGUAACCAGUAAAGGCGAUAGGACCGAGAAUUGUCUACUGCGUCUAUCGUGCCCGUCAAUUCACGAACCGCGUAGGGCCCCUUUGGCCCACGUUUUGAAGCUAGCUGCGUAACCCAAUCGUACUGAGACACGAAGGAUUUCUUGUGAGAACUGUGAGCGGAAUGUGUUGAACAAAGUCGUGUAGAUAAUAACAAUUAAGGCUAAUUUUCAUGCUCAUCGAGGUUAUACUUCUAAAAAAAAAA